UCAUGCCUUUAUUAUUAAUUUGUGGUCCUCCAGCAAGUGGUAAAACACAAAGAGCAUUAGAAAUACAGAAAUUCGUAAAGGAGAAGUUAAAUAAAGAUUCUAUCAUAAUUAAUGAAGAGAAUUUACAUUUAUAAAAGGAUGAUGCAUAUAAAGAUAAUACAAGUGAAAAGAUGACAAGAGGAUUUUUAAAAUCUAAUGUUGAAAAAUAUAUAUAAGCUGGAUAAUUGGUCAUAUUUGAUUCUAUUAAUUAUAUUAAAGGAUAUAGAUAUGAACUUUAUUGUUUAGCAAGAGCUGCUAAAAUUACAAAUUGUCUAGUAAUUUUACAAUUUUUAAUUAGUUAUAUUUAAAUGUACCAUUAGAGAUUUGUUAAAAAAACAAUCAAAUGCGUGAUAAUAAAUUCAAUGAUAAUUUAUUGAUUGAUUUAUAUAAAAGAAUGGAAGUUCCUAAAUAAAAAGAUAGAUGGGAAUGUCCUUAUUUUGAAGUUAGAUUUUAAGAGAAAACACCUAUUGAGGAGAUGAUUGAAGUAUUAUUUUUUGCAGAAAAAACAGCAAAAGAUCCUGUUGCUACUAAAAAAGUAAUUAUAUAUAUAUAUAUAUUUAAAUAGGAAUAAUAAAAUGAUGGUAAUUUUGUACAUGAAUAAGAAAAGAGAGUAUAAGAAAUUUUAGAUUAAAUCUUAAAUAAAUAAAUUGAAUGUAUUUAAAUUGGAAAUGGAUCUAUUAAAUUUUAGGGAACUAAAUCAUCCCUUAUUUUAAAACGAGCAUUAAGCAUAAUUGAAUUAAAGAAAUUAAGAUUAGAAUUCUUGAACAUGUUAAGAAUUACUCCAGUUAAAACAUUAGAAUAAACUAAUGAAGCAUUCAUAAAUUUUAUCUAAGCUCAAGUUGAACGAUUAGGAUAAUGA